GCCAUGUGACAUAACAUUUCGGUGCUAUGGAGACGGGCGUUAUAAAUAGGGGGACACACUGAUCUCAUUCGCAGAGUAUCCCCGUCCGGACAAAGAAACGGUUCUCAGGCGCACAUUACCAGUCAUGUUUAAAUUUGGCGUGAUGGUGCUUCUUCUGGUUUACUGUCCGCCAACAUCGGCAGACACGUGUGACUCUUGUAAAUCUACAUAUGGCACACCCGCGGCCGAUGCGAAAUGCGCUGCACUGAAGACGUACCUGACCUGUCUGGAGACCUCUGCAAAGGGAGACGCCGGUUGUCCUCUACCUGCUGCUGACGCCGUGACAAUAGAGACGGAUUAUACCGCAGAUACUUGUAGUACAUCAUUUACGGACACCUGUGUUUGUCAGAAAGAAUUCUGGAAGACUGACCAGAUCGCAGGUGAUGCAGCUGUUUGCAGUGCCGCCCAGACCUACAUCGCGUGCUUAAAGGGGAAGACAGCCCUGCCCUGUGAUGGCACCUCCAGUGUAAUAACCCUAGCUACCGGUGUAGAGACCAGGAUAAACGCACUAACAGGAUGUGCCAUCACCACCGCCUGCCAGUGUGAGAUUGACGCAGCUAAAGCAGACAUCUCUGAUGAUGCCAAGAAGUGCACUGCCUACAAAGCUCAGUUCGCAUGCCUCUACUCACUGACCACUGCACCCUGUGUUAGCGGUACUACCAUAGACGCUCUAAGGUCUGCUGCAGCUCUCUCUGUAACAUCUACAGCAUCUUGCACUGUCACCACCGCCUGCCAGUGUGAGCUUGACGCAGCAAAAGCAGACAUCUCCACUGAUGCCAAGAAGUGCAUUGCCUACAAGGCCCAGUUCGCAUGCCUCUACUCACUGACCACUGCACCCUGUGUUAGCGGUACUACCAUAGACGUUCUAAGGUCUGCUGCAGCUACGUCGGUAACAUCUACAGCAUCUUGCACUGUCACCACCGCCUGCCAGUGUGAGAUUGACGCAGCUAAAGCAGACAUCUCCACUGAUGCCAAGAAGUGCAUUGCCUACAAGGCCCAGUUCGCAUGUCUCUACUCACUGACCACUGCACCCUGUGUUAGCGGUACUACCAUAGACGCUCUAAGGUCUGCUGCAGCUCUCUCUGUAACAUCUACAGCAUCUUGCACUGUCACCACCGCCUGCCAGUGUGAGAUUGACGCAGCUAAAGCAGACAUCUCCACUGAUGCCAAGAAGUGCACUGCCUACAAGGCCCAGUACGCAUGCCUCUAUCCACUGACUACUGCUCCCUGUGUUGGCACCAUAGCUGAUCUAAAGACGGCAGCCGCUACGUCGGUAACAUCUACAACAUCAUGCACUUUUGAGGACACAUGUGUCUGCCAGAGAGCUUUCGAUGCUGCAGCAAAAGGGACUGAUGCAGAAAAAUGCACCGCUCAUAAAACUGAGCUGAGUUGCCUGAGUACAGCCCAAUCACCAGGCUGUGACGGUACUACGACCAAGAGCGCCAUUGCAACGACUUCUGAAACAACAAGAGCAGCACUGCCAGAAAGCGAUUGUCCAGCCCUUACUUCCACGUGCCAGUGUGAGGUCGGCGCUGCGAAGGGAGCCGCUGUCACUAGCGCCACAUAUUGCACUGUACUGACUACAUUGAAGACUUGCCUCUCUGCCAUCACCACCACUACCGAGGCAGGGUGUGCCAGCACCACCCAGGCAGCUCUUUUGACUGACACUAACACCAAAACAACCAGCGCCAUGUGUGGGAGUGUUGCAGAUCGCGUGACUUUUGCGAUGACGUCACUGGUCGUUUCAGUUCUUGUAAACAUGUUCCUGUACACGUAGUGGCCCUCAAUGUUGACACUUCCAACCUCCUGUCCGUUCAUUUAUACAUAGAUGUUUUGUGACAUAUUGAAAAAACGCUAGUUGUUUCAAUCUUUAUUUAUUUGCUGUUUCAUUUCAAUAUUCCAUCACCAGUUUCAAUUUGUAUCACUAAUAUUUGUUUUCCUAUAUUCGUUUCCAAUUGUCCAAGAAAACGGGUUGACUGAUUUGAGUAUCGACAUAAAGAAAUGUUUAAUGAAGCUUUCUGAAAAAAUAGGAAAUGUUUGUGUGACCGCUAUGUAUGACGUGGGCCAUACAUAACUCAUGUAACCACUGACGAACAAAAUGGGGUCAUACAAAUCCUCUGAAAUGUCCGAAAGGGCAUCUUUGGUUCCGGUUUUGAUAACUCUACGGCUUAUAUGCUGUUGUUCCGAUCGUGUAAAUCUGUAGGAUACUCACAUGACUCAACCCACGUGUUCCGUACCCUAAUGACGUGUUGAGUUAAUCCUUGUCGGGUGUUCCACCGAAAUAAACGGUACUGUUCACGAAG